AUGUCUCAGGUUUUACUGAGACAGGAUAAAGGAGAAAGCUCCAACAUCAUACUUAAGUUUGCUGACGACACCACUGUCCUGGGCCUCAUCACGAAGGGUGACGAGUCGGCCUACAGAGAAGAGGUCAGAGAGCUGGCUGAAUGGUGCAGCCACAGCAACCUUCAUCUCAACAUCAGCAAAACAAAAGAGAUGAUUGUAGACUACAGGAAGCGGCAAGAGGAUGAACACGCACCCUUGUACAUCAGAGGAGCUGCUGUGGAACGAGUCAGGCUCAGGAAGUUUGGUCUCCCACCCAAGAUUCUGAAAAACUUUUACAAAUGCACCAUUGAAAGUUUAUUAACAGGCUGCAUAUCUGUCUGGUAUGGAAACUGCUCUCUCCAUGACCGCAAGGCCCUUCAGAGAGUUGUGAGAGCAGCCGAGAUCAUCAUUGGUCACAAGCUUCCAGCCUUACAGGACAUCUACCGAACCAGUUGUCUAAAGAAGGCUUUAAAAAUUACCUCAGACCACACCCACCCUGCACACGGACUGUUCACAAAACUGCCAUCAGGCAGACGGGAAGCCCAACAGCAACAGAAGGAUGAGCUGGACGUCCUCGCAAGACGUCUGCUUAAACUUGAAGUCGCUGAAAAAGAUAAACUUGCCACCCAGGAUAAACGAGAUAAAAAACAGUUGGUGGCCCUGGAAUCCCAAAAUUCACUUCAUCAGUAUGCCCCUCAAACACAGCUACAGGCAAUCGUUCCAGUACAGCCCCUACCUCCGCCUGCAGCAGCUUAUCCAACAGCAUAUCUGACAGUAUGGAAACCUCAGUAUCCUUUGAAACCAGAACAAUCUCUAGGUAUAAAAGACACCAUAGCUGGACUACUGACAGCUGGUGUUCUCAGAAAAUCCAAUUCUGACUGGAACACCCCGAUCCUACCUGUCUCCAAAGGAGAGGGAAAGGGAUGGCGUAUGGUGCACGACUUAAGGGAAAUUAAUAAAGCUACUGUUACUGAAAAUAUCCCUGUCCCAGACCCAUACUUAGCUUUGCAAAAUCUGACCCCUGACCAUUGUUAUUUCACUGUUAUCGAUUUGGCAAAUGCAUUUUUCUGCCUCCCACUGGCCAGCUACUGUCAACAAAUUUUUUCUUUCACAUAUGAGGGACAGAAGUAUACAUAUAACAGAUUGCCACAAGGUUACAAGGACAGCCCAGGUCUGUUCAAUAGAGCCCUUAAAGCUGAUUUGUCCAGCCUAACCUUACCUGACAAUACGGUGUUAGUCCAGUAUGUUGAUGACCUACUGAUAGCAGCCCCUGAUGCAGACACCUGUCUAGCAGCCACUGUCUCCUUGCUCACGUUGCUGGCUAACCUUGGAUACAAGGUGAAACAGGACAAAUUGCAAGUUGCUAGACCAGUGGUGACUUUUUUGGGACGCCAAAUUUCGGCCAUUGGUCACACUUUGACUGCUACACAACGUCAAUCCAUCCUGCAACAUGGUAAACCCAGUACAGUUCAGGAUCUACUAGCGUUCCUGGGGUUAACGGGCUACAGCCGUAAUUUCAUUUUUGAUUAUGUGGGUUUGACGCAACCUCUUAGGGAUUGUUUGGCUAUGGUGGGACACAGGAACCUUAAAGCAAAACUAAUCUGGACCAUUGACGCCGAAAAAGCUUUCAUUGACUUAAAGCAAGCCUUGGCGCAUGCUGAACAUUUACAGGCCCCAGAUUAUGAAAAACCCUUUUUCCUAGAUGUUUCUGAAAGGAACGGUAUUGUAAAUGCCGUUCUCUUUCAGAAAGGGGGGAGGGAAAGUAAUAGACAGAUUCUCAUGUACUAUAGCUCAAAACUAGAUGUAAUGGAACAGGGCCAAACACAUUGCACUAGACAAAUUGCAGCUCUAGCCAAGGCUGUUAACAAAACUGCUCAUUUAGUCAUGUGUCACCCUCUAGUGAUCAACACGAACCAUGGUGUUGUUGCCUUUCUUACUUCUACAGCAUUCACUCUUUCACCCACUAGGAAGAUGAGGAUCAGCGAUACGCUGACACAACCACACAUCACAUUCACACACAAAGAUACGGUGAAUAUGGCAAAACAAUUACCGCACACUGAUUUGGAACCACAUGACUGUGAGUUUGUGGCCCAGAGGGACCUGAGACUCAGGGAAGACCUCGGUAGUGACCCUUUAGAAAAUCCUGAAGUGGUAUUUUUUUGUGAUGGUUGUUGUUAUAGAGGAGAAGAGGGAAAUGUGGCCUCAUUUGCUGUAAUUGAACAACAGGGGAAAGGCUUUGUCACUAGAGUAGCAGAAAUCAUACCCCAGCCAGCGUCAGCCCAACUUGCCGAAAUAGUAGCACUUACAAAAGCUUUAGAAUUAGGAAAGGACAAGGUCCUAAAUGUUUACACAGACUCUGCUUAUGCCCACUGCGCAGUCCAUGUGGAUGGACCGCAGUGGAUGAGGAGAGGAUUUGUGACCUCUCAAAACACUCCUGUGAAACAUGCAGAAGCCCUAAAAGCCUUAUUAAGUGCUACUUUGUUGCCCAAACUAGUAGCUGUAAUUAAGUGCAAAGGGCACUCCAAGACAAGUGACUUGGAGGGACUGGGAAACAAUGCAGCAGAUGCUGCAGCUAAAAAGGCAGGAGGUUACACUGUACAAAUGACUGUAAAGGCUGACGUCCAGCGGAGUGAGCCCCCUCCGAAACCACCAGCAGAUGACAGCGAGUGGCUGGAGUUUAAAACUGUCAAGCCUGGCGACUGGGUACGGGUGAAAGUCCACAAGAGAAAGUGGUCUGAGCCCAGGUGGUCGGGUCCGUGGGAAGUCACUGAGGUAACAACCCACACCGUCAAAGUGAAAGGCUGUGGGAACUGCACCACUGUGCACUACCUGUUCCCAGAAGUGAAGCAGAAGGUGGUACCCCCAGCAUACAUGCCCUACAGAGGGAACUAUACCUGUUUCGCUAGGAACACGGGGACCGUUGAGGUGGGUCAGCUGAAGUGGUGUGGAGACACCGUGGACGCAGAAAACACCUCAGACGG